AUGACGCAGCUUCAUUCGAUUGCCAGCCUGGACUACGGAGACGGUCGUACUUGCAUCUGUCGCAUCUGUGAGUGUGGCAAGCACAAGUGCAAGGAUGUGAAGCUUCCCUUCUUUGGUGAGACGACGUACCGUGACGAGUACGUUCCAAAGUCCACAGACCGGACUGGGCUGCGCAGGACACGGGGUGCAGUCUUCCCGACAAAAGCAGAUCCAGGCCACUUUAAGACGACGAAACAGGAGGCAUGGGAGCCGCUCGAAGGCAAAGUAGUGCCCCCUGCAGAUUCCUUUAAGCCGCGCACCGCGCUGGGGGACCCGUUGCCCUUUACUGGCACCACGACACACCGCAACGACUUCCCGGGGCACAUGCCAGAACACGAGCGGGUGCGCUACAGACAGGAUCCCCUGCCCAAGUUGAAGGGUGUAUAUGAGACGACCAAUGGUGCAAUGCAGGAACCCAUCAAGAGGUGUUUGGAUGACGGAGCCAUGCCGAAGCCACCCAAAUCCUUCCGCGGCGAUGAGACACUGGGUCAACCACUGCCGUUUGACGCCAUUGCAACGUACACCGCGGAUUUUCCACCGAAGCAGCAGUUCUUUGCGCCGAGAGGCCGAGAGGCCGCGGAACGGGCGGCGCUGCCCGACAACCGCGACUUUGAGACGACACACUCGACUUCCUACAAGUUGCCACCACGCUCAAUGCGGCACGUUUGCCCGUCCUCGCUUGUGCCACCGCGUCCGCCUUCCGUGGACGGUCAUAUCAAACUCUCCGUGUACAAUAUUCCAUCGGGCGACAUUGUGGAGUAG